AUGACAGUAACUGACACACCUGAGAAGCCCACUCUCACUGUUAUGCCUGUCAAUCCCAUAGACCAAAAAGAUAAACCUAUGCUUGUGUACAUAAGAGAGGAACCAGUAACAUUACAGUGCGACACAUCAAACUCUUUUCAAGGACAGAUGUAUUCAUUCUACAAAGAUGAGUCUGAAAUCCAAGAAAAACAAACAUCACAAUCCCUGCAUGUUAACGUUAGUGGCAGACUUAGAAGCAGUAAUUCCGUAUCCUAUACCUGCAAAGUCUGGAAACAGGGAUCAAAUCAAGGAAUUGAGUCUCCACCUAGUGAAGCUGUUUCAUUAACAAUAGUGGACAGACCUGUUACACCGACUAUCUCUGUUACUCCUAACUAUCCUGUAUACAUAAGAGAUGAACCAGUCACAUUACAAUGUUCCACAUCUGACUUUUAUAAAGGGCAGAUGUUUACAUUCUACAAAGAUGAGUUUGAAAUCAAAGGAAAACAAACAUCAGAACAUCUACAGAUUAAAGCUAGUGGCAGCAGUACAAGCAGUAAUUCCGUAUCUUUUACCUGCACCGUAUGGAAACGGGAAUCAAACCAAGAAAUCGAGUCUCUGCCAAGUGAAGCUGUUUCAUUAAAAUUAGUUGACAGACCUGUUACACCGACUAUCUCUGUUGAUCCUCGCCAUGAUGUGUACGUAAGAAAUGAACGAGUCACAUUACAGUGCUCUACAUCAUACUACCGUUAUGAAAAUAUGAAGUAUUCAUUCUACAAAGGACAGUCUGAAAUACAAGGAAAACAACCAUCACAAUCCCUUGAUAUUGUUGUUAGUGACAGUAGUGCAUACAGUAAUUCUGUAUCAUAUACCUGCACAUUGUCGAAACGGGUAUCAAAACGAGAAAUCGAGUCCCUGCCGAGUGAAGCUGUUUCAUUAACAAUAGUUGACAGACCUGUUGCACCGACUAUCUCUUUUGAUCCUCGCCAUGAUGUGUACGUAAGAAACGAACGAGUCACAUUACGGUGCUCUACAUCAUACUACUGGUAUAAAGAUACGAAGUAUUCGUUCUACAAAGGACAGUCUGUAAUACAAGGAAAACAACCAUCACAAUCCCUUGAUAUUGUUGUUAGUGACAGUAGUAUAUCAUAUACCUGCACAGUGUGGAAAUGGGUAUCAAAACGAGAAAUCGAGUCCCUGCUGAGUGAAGCUGUUUCAUUAACAAUAGUUGACAGACCUGUUGCACCGACUAUCUCUGUUGAUCCUCGCCAUGAUGUGUACGGAAGAAACGAACGAGUCACAUUACGGUGCUACACAUCAUACCGUUAUGAAGAUAAGAAGUAUUCAUUCUACAAAGGACAGUCUGAAAUACAAGGAAAACAACCAUCACAGUCCCUUGAAACUGUUGUUAGUGGUAUCAGUACAUACAGUAAUUCUGUAUCAUAUACCUGCACCGUGUGGCAAUGGGUAUCAAAACGAGAAAUCGAGUCUCUGCUGAGUGAAGCUCUUUCAUUAACAAUAGUUGUACCAGUCAUCGUCCUCGUUCACAGUAGCAGUCAUCAUCCUCGUUCAGAAGUACCAGUCAAUACCCUCAUUCACAGUACAGUCGUUAUCCUCGUUCACAGUAGCAGUCAUUGUCCUCAUUCAAAGCACCAGUCAUUGUCCUGGAUCACAGUAGCAGUCAUCGUCCUCGUUCAGAAGUACCAGUCAUUAUCCUCGUUCACAGUACCAGUCAUUGUCCUCUUUCACAGAACCAGUCAUUCUCUUCAUUCACAGUACCAGUCAUUGUCCUCAUUCACAGUACCAGUUAUUGCCCUCAUUCACAUACCAGUCAUCGUCCUCGUUCACAGUAGCAGUCAUCAUCCUUGUUCAGAAGUACGUCAAAACCCUCGUUCACAGUACAGUCGUUAUCCUCGUUCACAGUAG